AUGCAUUUGUGCCCAUCUCUGGUCUCCUCCAGCACGAUCAUGAGCAACAGCAUCGGAGCAAUCACUGGCGCAGCAAUCCUCGGCCUCGUGUUCCUCCUCGGCGUCCCCGGGAACGUCUUCAUCAUUUGGAGCAUCUUGGCCAGAGCGCGCAGUCGCUCCAUCACCACCCUCUUGAUCCUAAACCUUGCCUUCGCCGAUGGCUUCCUCAUGCUGCUGACGCCCUUCUUCAUGGUGUAUUUGGCUCAGGACAGCUGGAUUUUCGGCUGGGAGAUGUGCAAAAUCCUAUUCUACCUCUGCGCCGCCAACAUGUACGCUUCCAUAUUUAUGAUCAUGCUGAUGAGUCUCCACAGGCUGGUGGCGAUAGUGUGGCCAAAGCGUGUCGGCAUGCUGACGAAUCACAGGAUGGUCACACGGGUGCUUGCAGGUCUUUGGGUUCUUGCUCUAGGACUCUCUGCGCCCGCUUUGGUUUUCAGGACCACCAAAGUCAGCAAUAAGACUCUCCAGGUCAGCAAUGAGACUCUCAAGGUCAGCAAUGAGACUCCGAGUAUCCAGUGCUACUGCAAACACCAACAAUAUCUAUAUGUGGUGAUGCAUUAUGGUAUGGAAACAUUACUGGCCUUCUUGUUGCCAUACAGCGUGAUCAUAGGCAGUUACGUGUGCAUCCUGUGCAGAAUCCGCAAGACGCGCUUUCGCAGAUGCAUCCGCAGCGAGAAACUCAUUCUGGUGAUCAUCAUCACCUUCGGACUCUUCUGGCUGCCGUACCACAUCAUAAACGUGGCACAGGUCAUGUGUCUGUUCAACAAACACUCUAUUUCUCAAAUGGUCUCAGAUCCGCGAGUGGUUACUUCUACCGUGGCCUUUGUUAGCAGCUGCAUAAACCCCGUCCUCUACACCUUCGCCGGUAAGUCGUUCAUCCGGCGCGAUGGCCUGGCCUUCAUGGCGCGGCUGUUCGAGGGAACGAUGCUGAAAACGACGCGGAGGGUCCAGUACAGCAACCAGAACAGCCGUGACCGAGAGAAGGAGACUGACGAGGGAGACAGUCUCAAAGAUAAAGACACUGACUCCUCCACUACUGCUAACUCCAGCUCGGUUAUUAAAGUUGUGCCGCAGAAAAAUGGUAAAUGA